GAAAUACGUUUCGCGUUUUCAUCCAUGAGUAAUUUUGACCUUUACUUCAUCCCUUAGCGUUGGAGUAACUAGGAAGUGUGUCGGUAACUAAGGGAAAAACUGAAAAACAGCCUGAAAUUCAGCGGAAGAAGAAGAAUAAAAGAAGAGAAAGGACUGCGGUGAAGGGGGCAUUUUUUGUGUGGAAAUCUAAACCAUCGACUGAAUUCCACAUCGAGAAGAAGCCAACCCACUUCACCACCGAAAGGGUCUAUGGCUUUGCCGACCCUCUCGGCCUGUGUGCCCAGCCGGUCCCGGGUGCUGGCCGGACAGCUGGCCAGACAGCGGGAGCAAGAGGCCCGUUGGCGGCAGCAGUGGGAGCUGCAUGCUCGGUACUUCAGAGAUCAGAAUGUCUGCAGCCAGAAACAGGCUGUGUGGAGCUCCCGUCACUCCUAUCAGCAGAGUAUGUCAGCAUACCAUAAACAGAGACUGAAGGAGGAAAAGAAGGCCAGCCUGGAGCAGCGCAGGAAUCGGCUCAAGGCCAUGCUUCAAGAGGAGCAAGACCGGCUGGAGGCAGAGCUCAGGGAAGUGGUCCCUGACAGGAGCACAUUGGCAAGCCAGUUGGUGCAAAAAACCGAAGAACUUCGUACAGCAAGAGAGGAAAGAAAAAAAAAGCUUGCACAAGAGCUGUUGAGGGAGCAUUGGAAGAAAAACAACCCAGAGUUGCGAGAGGUUGAGUCGGCAUUACAUAAAGAUCAUGUUGUCAGCCAAUGGCAGGAGCAGAUAUCUGAGAAGAAACAGCAAGAAGUGGCAGAGCAGGAGGAGAAGAGGCGCUUUGAAAAUGAGUAUGAAAGGACCCGAAAAGAGGCUCUGGAGAGGAUGAAGCAGGCGGAGGAAAAAAGGAAAGCAGAGGAUCGUAAGAGAGCAGAAGAACUUCGCAAACAGAUGGAAGAACUGAAGCUGAGGGAAGAAGAGGCCACUCGUCUAAAGAAGGAGCAAGAGGCUUUGUUGGCUCAGCAGUGGGCACUGGAGAAGAUAGAGGAGGAGAGGAGGAAGGUGGAGGAAAGACAAAAGAAGUCUGAGAUGGGGCAUUUCUUAAUCCGUCAGUAUCGAGCUCAGCUGAAGAGGAGAGCCCAGCAAGUGCAGGGGGAACUGGAGGCUGACCGUAAGAUCUUGGCAGCCUUGCUGGAAGGAGAGCAGGAGGACAGGAGGCUGGAGACCGCACGAAGGGAAAGGGCAAUUGCUGACGCUGCCUGGAUGAAACGAGUGAUUGAGGAGCAACUUGAGUUGGAGCGGGAACGGGAGGCCGAAUUUGACAUCCUUCACAGAGAAGAAGCUCAGCAUGUAUGGGAGAAACGAGAGGCCCAGUGGGAGAAGGAGAGGAAAGCCAGAGAGCGGCUCAUGCAUGAGGUGCUUGUGGGGAGACAGCAGCAGCUCGAGCUGAAGAUGCAGAAGAACCGUGAAGCUCAGGAGGAGUCCCUGAGGAGACGAGAAGAGCUGAUCCAGGAGCUGGAGCUGGAGCGCGAGAUCAGACGGCGGGAGAAGGAGCAAGAAGAGGGCCGUAGGACAGCACGGAUACAAGAGUUGAAUGCUCAGGUGGAGCAGCAGCAUCAAAAACACUGGGAGGAGCAGUGCAGGCUAGAGCAGGACGAGGAGGAGGAGAGGGAAGCUCUUCAGAUCCAAGAGAAGGAGCUGAGGCUGGAGAUGCAGAGGAUGGCCAAGAAGGGGUACCAGGAGAAGAUUCACAGCAGACCUCGAUCAGCCUGGACAUGAGCACCCUCCAAGACUGAAGUCAAAACAGAAGUGUGAGACGUAUAUUUUUCUAGAUGUAAUUAGCCUUAAAGGAUAGGUUCACAUUUUUUUUUCAAGUGUAUCUUAAAACAAUUACUCAUUUGCCCACAUUUAAACCCUUACAGUUAUUGGUCACUGUAACUGUUCCUCCUGUCCGUACUGAAGAGAUCCCUUCCUGUGUAACAGAUGGGGGACAACAUUCACAAUCCUCAUUCAAUGUAAAAGCAUUUCAAAGUUUGUCAAAUCAAGUGGGGAUCAUGUCUUUUGAUUCAAAGUCCCUCUUUUUGCUUUCCUAGACAGUGUUUUCUUGCUGAGCCAAAGUGGAGGUUUCACACUAAAAAAGAUAGUAACCUCUGAGGCCUCGUAUUAUUGUUGGUUACAUUUUAAAACUCUUUUUUGCUCAGAUUGAGGAUUUUGUAAUGGAAUCUUUUCAUAGAAGAUGUGGAUGUGGCUAUAAAAAAAAGUCUAUCUAUCUUUUAAAGAAAUGAAGAAUUCAUGUGGGUUAUGCCAUAAAUUCUGCCAUCUUGAUGUUAAUAUUUUAAUCCCGGUUGUUUUUGUAUGUAGAGAAGAACUGAUGGAUUUUUUUGCACUUUUCGUUGAAGGAAUUUAUAUUUUUAGACUGUUAAUAAAUUAAAAUGAAUAAAACUGUUCCAAUCCAUUUCAAAUCAGUGUAUCCAGCCAUAAAAAAUGGAACAUGAUAAAAACUAAAUCUG